GGCCGGCGGGGGGCGUCGCUCUGUGCCGCCAGCGGAGGGAAGAUGGCGGCGGCGGCGGGCGGCGGCUGGGCCGCGGUGUGCGAGAAGUUCCGCACCGCACGGACGCUCUCGGCCGUGGAGUCGCGUAAGGACCCGGAGACCGAGCCCUACCGUUCCAAGUACAGCGCCCGGGCGCUGCUGCAGGAGGUGAAGCAGCAGCUGAGCGCCGCCGAGGAGGGCGGCGAGGCGCGGCUGCUGGCCGUGCGGCGGGCCGUGCUGGAGUACGAGCUGGGCGUCAACCACACCGACACCGAGGAGCUGUCGGCCGGCGAGGAGCAUCUGCAGCGCUGCACACAGCUCCUCGAGCCACACCGCCUCUCCCCCGACUGCGUCUCCCUCUACAUACAGGCCCAGAACAAUCUAGGCAUCCUGUGGUCUGAAAGGGAUGAAAUUAAAACUGCACAGACAUACCUGGAAUCUGCAGAAGCCUUGUAUAACCAGUACAUGAAAGAGGAUGGAAAUCCUCCUCUGGAUCCCAGUGAACACUUCAUGGCAGAAGAAGAAAAACUCACAGACCAGGAAAGAUCUAAAAGAUUUGAGAAAGCCUACACACAUACUCUGUAUUAUCUGGCACAAGUCUACCAGCACCUAGAGAUGAUUGAAAAGGCUGCUCAAUAUUGCCAUACUACUCUUAAACGACAGCUUGAGUAUUGUGGCUACUACCCAGUGGAAUGGGCUUUGAAUGCUGCCACUUUGUCACAGUAUUAUCUCUCUAAGCAAUGCUUUAUGGAGGCCCGACACUGUUUAGCAGCAGCAAGUGUCAUCUUUAGCCAAGCUGGACAGGUGCCAUCUGCUGAAGACAAUGAAGCAGAGCAAGACCAACAGUACCUUUGUCAGAGAAAAGCUGAAAUUGCAAGGUUCUGGAUUAAGUAUUGCCUGAACCUCCUGCAGAGCGCUCGGAAAUUACUCGAGGAUAACAUAGGAGAGUUGGAUCCAGACAGGCAACUGGAACUUAAAGCCCAAAGGAAAAAAGAAGAGGAUGAAAAAGAGAAGGGCAGGAAAAAAGCUGUCCUUUUCGGGACAAGUGAUAUAUGUGACUCUGUCUUAGCCAUGGAAGAGAAAGUCAGCAGUGUAUAUCCUUUAGAUUUCCAAGAAGCCAGAGAAAUCUUCCUAGUCGGUCAGAACUAUGUUCAGGAAGCAAAAGAGUUCUUUCAGGUUGAUGGGUAUGUUAGUGACCACAUAGAAAUUGUUCAGGAUCACAGUGCUCUGUUUAAGGUACUUGCUUUCUUUGAGGAAGACUAUGAGAGGCGCUGCAAAAUGCACAAGCGUAGAAUAGACAUGCUGGAGCCUAUCUACGCAGACUUGAAUCCACAGUACUAUCUGCUGAUCAGUAGGCAGCUCCAGUUUGAACUAGCUAACACCUUUUAUGAGAUGAUGGAUCUGAAGGUAGCUAUAGGUAACAGAUUAGAGGAGCUAGACUCCCACACAAUUAAAAAAAUCAAUUCCCUGGCUCAGUUAGCAAUCAAAUAUUACGAACUCUUCUUGGAUUCCUUGAGGAACCCAGAUAAGGUGUUUCCUGAAGAGCUUGGGGAAGAUGUUCUUCGCCCUGCAAUGGUGGCUAAGUUCCAUAUUGCACGACUUUAUGGUAAGCUUAUUACCUCAGACCGCAAAAAGCAGCUGGAAAAUAUGCAGACAUCGUUGGAAUAUUACAUGUUUCUGGUAGAUUAUUGUGAGAAGUACCCGUAUGCUGUCCGUGCCAUUGAAACUGAACUAGAACUCAGUAAGGAGAUGGUGGGUCUUCUUCCAGCAAGGAUGGAGAGGCUAAGAGCAAAACUCUAUCCAUUUAUAUAAAUACUUGCCCUGAAGGAAAUGUUCACUAUUAAAAUGAUAUCUGUCAAAAGCAGUGCAGUGAGACAGCUUUUGUACUGCCUGUCAGGACUAAUGUGUCUGCAGUUUGUCAAUCCACUUAGAGCCUGCAGUAGUGUAACGCUGUGAGAAACUCAGAGCUCUCCCAUUCAGUAGCUCACUCACACUAAUGGUAUAAACUUUAAGGUGAAUGUCCAGCUAAUGCUUUUAUUGUUUGUCCUGUAUGAAAAUCCUAACUUUCCUUACAGUUUUUUCCUUCAGUAUAUGAUUCAGUUCCUGAAUGUAGUGCUAUGUGAAAAUUGUUUCAUCUAAGAAAAUCUGUUUCUCUAGGAAAACUUUUCUAAAACCUGAAGCAUGUUCUUCCAACUGAAGUACUUUUUAAUCUCUCUCUUCCAUCCUGGUUGAUUCUAUGAUUCUAACCUUUGUCCCCAGAAAAUUUUAUCCAUAUCAAGGGAACUUUGUUGUUUUCACUAUUUAUUUUGUAUAUUGCUCAAUGUGUUCUAUCUUUUUUUUUUCCCCUUGUUAAUCAGAACCUAGUUAAUAGAGGCUCAAUAAAUGGACUAGCUUGGCUAAA